CGUCUGGUCUUGCUUAAAGCUUAUUUUAUUUUUCUUUUUCUUUUUGUUGUUUUUGCUUUGGUAGGUCUUGGGUAUAUACCUGCCUGUGGCUGUGUAAAGAACAUACAGCAACUUGCUGUUUCUUUCGCCUUAUUCUCAGCUGCAAUUAAAAAAAAAAAAAAAAAAAAAAAAAAAGGACAAGGCGGUAUAUACGUGUAACGGUCAUUUAGGUUCCUAACGCACGUCACCAACAAAAGAAAAAAAGAGAAGAUGCGUUUCCUUCAUCUACUCUCAAUACUCGCCGCGGCGUCGGCAAACGCGACACCCGUCGAGAUACAGCAACAGCGAGAACCACAAUUAGAAGGAGAGACGAUAGAACGUCGAGCCCUGCCAGACUCGCCAUCGGGAGGAUAUGCGCCAGUUUCGGACUCAUGCCCCAGCAAUCGGCCGACGGUGAGGAGCGCGGCGACUGGUAUCAGUCCCGAUGAGGCAUCAUGGCUGCCCAACCGGCGCAAGAACACUGUCAAACCCAUGUCCGACUUCCUGACCCGGGCGAACAUCCAGGGCUUCAACGCCGCCGACUAUAUUUCGAAAUUCCAGAGCAAUAUGACCGCGCUACCAAAUAUUGCCCUGGCUUUCAGCGGAGGUGGAUAUCGAGCCUUGUUGAACGGUGCUGGAUUUAUCAAGGCUGCCGACGAGAGGACACCAGGGACAACCGGACCAGGCGGAAUUGGUGGGCUUUUGCAAUCUGCGACAUACAUGUCGGGCCUGUCCGGAGGUAGCUGGCUUCUUGGGUCCGUCUUUAACAACAACUUCUCGUCCAUCGGUGACCUGCAACAGAACCCGAACGUGUGGAAGUUUGACCGUACCAUCUUUGUAGGCCCAAAGACGAGCCGCAGCUCUGUAAAGAAGCUCAUCGACUCGGCCGCCUACUGGAAGGAUAUCAUCGGAGAGGUUGAGGGAAAGUCGAAAGCCGGUUUCCUUACUUCAAUCACCGAUUACUGGGGCCGGGCUCUUUCGUACCAGCUCAUCGACGACGUGGACGGCGGAGACCAGUACCUGUUCUCAUCCAUCGCGCAGACUUCCGACUUCCAGGCGGGCAACUAUCCCAUGCCCAUGAUCGUCGCCAAUGGCCGCAAGCCCGACUCUGUCAUCAUCUCGCUCAACUCAACCGUGUUUGAGUUCAACCCCUUCGAGAUGGGCACCUGGGAUCCCACCACCUCUGGCUUUGCACCUCUUCAGUACGUUGGAUCCAACUUUGAGGGUGGCGUCGUCCCGUCCAGCGGCAAAUGUGUGCGCGGCUUCGACCAGUCGUCUUUUGUCAUGGGUACCAGCUCCUCGCUCUUCAACGCCAUCCUGCUCCGCAUCGAGCAGAACAACACGGGCAGUCAGAACCCCGCUGUUCCAGAGACCGUCGCCAAGCUCAUCAAGGCCCUCGGCCCCAAAAUCCAGGCCGAGAACAGGGACGUGGCUUCUUGGAAGCCAAACCCCUUUUUCGGCUUCCAUCCCGAUACGGCCGGCGGCAUCGCCUCGUCCGCCGAGUUGUCCCUGGUUGACGGCGGCUUGGACGGACAGAACAUCCCCCUGUUGCCCCUGAUCCAGCCGGUACGCAAGGUCGACGUCAUCUACGCCAUCGAUUCAUCGGCCGACACCAGCACCAGCUUCCCCAACGGCAGCGCCAUCCUCCACACCUUCCAGCGCUCCCAGAGCCAGAUGGGCAACGGGGUGCAGUUCCCCGCGGUCCCGGACGUCAACACCUUUGUCAACCUCGGCCUCAACAACCGCCCGGUCUUUUUUGGCUGCGACGUCAACGCCUUCAAGGGGCCCCAGCCCCCGCCCUUGGUCGUCUACAUGCCCAACGCGCCCUACUCGGCCUUUUCCAACUCGACGACCUUUACCAUGAAGUACGAGGAGAAUCGCCGAGACGCGAUCAUCGCCAACGCCUUUGACGGCGCCACCCAGGGGCUUGGCAGCCUCGACAAGGAGUGGCCCGCCUGCGUCGCCUGCGCGGCCCUGCAGCGCAGCAUGCUCCGGACAAACACCCAGAUCCCGACCCAGUGCCAGUCUUGCUUCACCCGCUACUGCUGGGACGGCAAGACCGACACCACCCCGCGCGGCAAGGAUUUCUAUCAGCCCACGCUCAAGCUCACGAACGGAGGAUCGCAGCCGCCCCAAGCUGACAUAGGAGGCCAGCCAAAGAAGAAGUCGAUAUCCGGUAAGCUACUAGUGCCUUCGAGCAGCGCCAUGAUGGCAGGCUCCCUCGCUCUCGUGACCAUCAUUUUUGCCAUGCUCUAGAUUUCUUUUCCUGGGUUCUCUUAGAUAGAGACCUAGCUUUAUUUUCCUUUUUCUUGUUGUUUUUUCCCCUUUUUUUCCUUUUUCUAACUUAUUUUUCGUUAUUUUCCUUUUUUUCUCUUUCUUAGCUAUUGCAAGGUUUAGAAAUUCUUUUAGGUUAUCGCGUGCUCGAACGCGAGAAUUUAUCCACCGGGAACUUUCGCGGUCAGAAUCUCUCCCUUGAACUGGUUCCCGGUAAUCGUUCUCUGUGAGAUGUUGAAAAAAGCACACCACCUUCUUUACGUCAAUAUUGUUUUAUUUUAAUAUUGCGCGUCUCUACUCUUUUUUCUCUUUUACUUUAUACCCUCAUAUUUUCUUGUCGCAAUCUUCUUCAUUGCGUCUUAUCUUUUUUUUCACAUACAUUAAGUUUCUUCCUCGCAUAGCAGGGCAUGUUUUGCAUUACCUAUCGAGCUGGGUUGGCUGCAUGAGGCGUUUGUGGGUCUUUUUUUAUAUGAAUAAUCUUUCUGGAGCGUGGCGCAAUCUGGCGUAUCUAUACAGCAAGCGGGUUUUCAUAUAAUUCUUUUUUCUUUUGCUCAACAAACAUGCAUGCACAAUCUGUUAUGGAUCCAUGGUGUCCAUGGUGUAUGGUGACUACACUGCAAGGCCUGUUUGGUGUGCAAAAAAAAACUCCGUACCCCGUCGUAAACGUCAGAAGACAGAAGAUGAGAAUGGUAAUGGGGAGAAGAAGGAAAUAAAAGCAAAUAACAUACUAGUGAGUGGCGAAACGACCGGAGCUCCGGCACUUUGGUUGAACUAAAAACGGGGGGAAGAUCGAUUGGGGAAAAGCAUUGGUGAAGGAGGCAGGAGGUGUCCAUCAUUUUCGAUAAGCGUUCGUUGUAUCAGCGACGACAGUUCGUUGAGAUACCGCUGCAGACAAGCCGAGAAAGAAGCAAAUAAACUUUCAACGCCCCAUAUUGUCCAAAGAAGAAAAAAUAUCACCGUUCAGCAUUUAAAGCAAAAACAUGGGAUUGUCAUAUAUCGUUG